AUGAAUAAAUUUAUUAUCUAUGAGCAGAAUGUGCUUUUAAAACAUCCGACAAAGAGCAGCAUCAAAGUCAUUGACUUUGGCAGCAGUUGUUUUGAAAACGAAAAAGUAUAUACUUAUAUUCAAAGUCGGUUUUACCGAUCCCCUGAAGUCAUAUUAGGAAUGACAUAUAAUAUGGCAAUCGAUAUGUGGAGUUUAGGUUGUAUACUUGCUGAGCUAUAUACAGGGGAAGGUGAACAAGAGCAACUGGCAUGUAUAAUGGAGAUUCAAGGGAUCCCUGAGAGAUAUUUAAUAGAAAAGAACACAAAUGGAAAUCCACGUCCUGUUGUAAAUUCAAAAGGUAAACGUCGGCGGCCUGGAACGAAGACGUUGCAGAAUGUUUUGAAAUGUCAAGAUGAAGUUUUUUUGGACUUCAUAUCACGCUGUCUGCAUUGGGAUCCUGAGAAACGAAUGAAGCCGGAUGAAGGUCUCAUGCAUGAAUGGAUAACUGAUGUGAAGCUUAGUACCAGGAACUAUCUUACAAACUACGAUUUAAUGAGGCGACAGAGCCCAACGUCAUCCUCUCAUCCGUCAUCAAGUAGUAGUCUUUCGAUGAGACAAGUUAACACCUCCUCGUCUCGUGGAGCAUUGAGUUCACAGCAAAUUUCACACAGCACUCAUAAAACGACUUCUACUUCGAACCAGAAUCACUUGGUUCCCGGCCAUCCUCCAACACGCAGGAGCCUUGAUGCGCAAAUACGUAGCAAUG